GGUGAACCGGAACCCUACCAAAAACCCUAGAUCCGGGCCGGAGAUAAUCGUGCACAACACCGCACACAAAGUUAAAUAUGCGCACAGCAGACACAUAUGGGCGCCCCAAUCUGCCCAGCUCCAUCGGUGCCACGUUCUGGCAGAAAACGGCGAAAUGCCAGCGGGCGUCGGAAUCUUACCACAAAAAAUGCUUCUGCAGAAACAUUGUGUCGAAUGAAGCCCACAAAGUCCCUCCGUGGACACGCACCUCUGCAGCACAUCUACAGCCUACCACCAGCAAGCGACCGUCAAAACGCCCAUAGGUUUCCUGUCAACACUGCGACUACAUUCGGGCGUUUAAUGGGUCAGAGCAUGACAGACACCAGCCAUUCGAUAUCUUUGACAACAUACCAGUGUCAUCUUUGUUCCCUGCCCAGAUUCCACGGCAAAGUACUCAGCGUGCCUGGCUCAUGCAGACAGGAUCGGAAACAACUCUUUACUACAGCGCUUCAACCUGCUUUGGCGCAUCUCACUUUCUCCAAGCUGCUCAGCGGCAGCAUGCCUCAUAGCGUUGUCUAGCCCUGCCAUUGCUCGGUCUACUAUUCAGGCUUGUUGGAGAAAUGAGAUGAGACAGAUGGCGGGGUGGAGCUGUGUUCG